AUGGACGAGGGCCAGAACGGAGAGAUUGUUUACUCUCUAAGUAGUCACAAUCCGCCGCGCAUUCGGGAUCUGUUUAACAUCGACUCGCGCACCGGGAGGAUUGAAGUGACCGGUGAGGUGGAUUACGAGGAGAGCAGCACGCAUCAGAUCUACGUGCAGGCUAAAGACAUGGGGCCGAACGCCGUGCCCGCACACUGCAAAGUUCUGGUCAAACUCAUCGACGUGAACGACAACACGCCGGAGAUUAGUUUCAGCACGGUCACGGAGUCGGUAAGUGAGCAGGCUGCCCCGGGCACGGUGAUCGCUCUGCUGAGCGUCAUGGACCGUGACUCCGGCGAGAACGGACAGAUGACCUGUGAGCUGCACGGCGAGGUUCCGUUCAAACUCAAGUCGUCUUUCAAAAACUAUUACACGAUCGUCACAGACGGUCCGCUGGACCGCGAGAAAGCGGAGUCUUACACGCUCACGGUGGUCGCCAAAGACAAGGGGGUGCCGUCUCUCUCCACAAGCAAGUCCAUCAAAGUGCACGUCUCGGACGAAAACGACAACGCGCCGAGAUUCAUGCAGUCGGUUUACGACGUGUACGUGACGGAGAAUAACGUCCCGGGC